UCGCCACUCCCCAUUCCCCACCUCUAGGGCAGCGCCUUGCCACACAAAAUAAUGUCGACCACCCACCUUAUUGUGCUCCUCGGCUUCCUCCUGCUGGCCGGCACAUCGAGCUCGCAGCCAACCUCCGGCGACCUGGCCACCCUCCUAGCUAUGAAGAAACAAUGGGGAAAUCCCAUGCAGCUUGCGUCGUGGGACCCUGUCUCCAACGCCGACCACUGCAACUGGACCGGCGUGGUCUGCGGCGGCGGGGAGGACAGACGCGCGGUGACGGGGGUAUCCUUGUCGAAGCUAAACAUUACCGGCCAGGUGCCAGAGUCGGUGUGCGACCUACCUAGCCUCACCCGCUUCGACCUCUCCUACAACAAUCUUACCGGCAGCUUCCCCGGCGUCCCGCUCUACGCCUGCUCCCACCUCCGUUUCCUCGACCUCUCCAACAACAGCUUCCACGGGGUCCUUCCGGAUGAUAUCAGCCGCUUGUCACCGGCAAUGGAGCACCUCAACCUGUCGAGCAAUCACUUUUGGGGCACGGUGCCGGCUGCCGUGGGUGGGCUGCAAGCGCUGAGGUCUCUGCGUCUUGACACUAACCAGUUCACCGGGUACUACCCAACUGCCGAGAUUAGCAUGCUUGCCGGGAUCGAGCAGCUGACGCUUGCCUUGAACCCAUUUGCGCCAGCGCCGGCGCCCCCCGAGUUUGCCAAGCUGACCAACUUGAGCUACCUCUGGAUGUCCAACAUGAACAUGACCGGCAGCAUCCCAAAGGCCUACUCCAGCCUGGAGAAUCUCAUGUUGUUCGCUAUGUAUGGUAACAAGCUUACCGGUGAGAUCCCGGCAUGGGUCUGGCAACACCGAAAGCUCCAGCUCUUGUACCUAUACAACAAUACACUCACCGGGAAACUGCCACGCAAAAUCACGUCGGUGAAUUUGAUAGAGCUUGAUGUGUCAUCGAACAACCUCACCGGAGAAAUACCGGACGACUUUGGUAGCCUCAAGAACCUGAGCAUAUUGUUCAUGUACUCCAACCAGCUCACCGGCACAAUUCCAGCGAGCAUAGCGAGGCUCCCCAAUCUCAGGGACAUCAGGCUAUUUGAAAACAAUCUCUCCGGCGAGAUCCCGCGGGAGCUCGGGAAGCACUCGCCCCUAGGCAACCUCGAUGUCUGCAACAACAACCUCUCUGGCCCGCUUCCGGAUUCACUUUGCGCCAAUGGAAAGCUCUACGAGAUCGUCAUCUUCAAGAACCACUUCUCUGGCAUGCUCCCGGAGAACCUUGGCGACUGUGUCCUGCUGAAGAACAUCAUCCUCUCUUACAACCGCUUCUCGGGCGAGUUCCCCGCAAAGAUAUGGUCAUUACCCAGGUUGACCACUGUGACGAUAGAUUACAAUGGUUUCACAGGGACUUUACCAGCUAAGUUAUCCGAAAACAUCUCACUGAUUGGGAUUGAGAACAACAAGUUCUCUGGGACCUUUCCAACAUCAGCAACCGGGCUGUCUGUGUUCAAGGCAGAGAAUAACAUGAUCUCCGGCGAGCUACCGGCGGAGAUGAGCAAGUUUCCCAACCUUACAGAGUUGGCGAUGUCCGGCAACCAACUAACUGGUUCGUACCAACAUCAAUCAUUUUGUUGCAGAAGCUUGAGUAUCUCAACCUGAGCAACAACAGCCUGUCUGGCGCAAUCCCAUUUGACAACCUCGCGUUGCUUCCAUCUCUGUGGUCAAUUGAUUUGUCCAGGAAUGAAUUCACUGGUGGCAUACCAAUACCACCAAUCAAUGUGUUGAAGAAACUUGAGUAUCUCAACCUGAGCAACAACAGGCUGUCCGGCGCAAUCCCAUUUGACAGCCUCGUGUUGCUUCCAUCAAUGAAGCACCUUGAUUUGUCCAACAAUGAAUUCACCGGUGGCUUAUCUUAGGGAUAAGUAGCUUUUUCUAUAGAGAGAAAAAGGGAAUAGGUACCAUGUGAAGGAACGAUAUAAUUUCAAGUUCACAAGUGUACAAACAGAUUUGGCGGUGGUCGUGUCUCUAUCAAGUACGAUGGGAAAUUAACCUGGUUAGCAGGUCGUGUUUCUACCAAGUAUCUUCUAAUAAAGUGUAGUAUACUCCCUCCGUCCGGGUUUAUUAGGCUAGUCAUAGUGGGAGUAACUUAGAAAGUAACAUAGCGCACUCCAAG